AUGACGCUGCUAUAUGUGAAACAACAACCAAUCGCACGUGGGAACGAAGCAGGGAGUUUGGACCUGUUUUGGGGGGACGGGGUGGAGCGUUGCUCUGUGAGGAUUCAGUGCCAAACAUGUAAUAUAUCGCCCAUAGGGUUGCGUCAAAAUACUCACUUUUAAACAGCUGUAUGUAACUUUUGAACAUAAACAAACAAGAAACAAGAAAACAUUGAGCGUCCUUACCAUAGUUCCAUAAUACAUUAGGGAAUGGUGAGUGAGUGGAAAGGCCUCCCUUUGUUGCAGUUAACAGUAGAUAACUAUAUCCAUGCAUGUCAAAUGUCCGAUUUUAGUCGGACUAAGAUAAUAAUUCAGUUUUCUUAAUGUCACGUAAACAGGUUGGUCCAACUAAAAAUGAGCCAGUCUUAGUUGGACUAACAUACCUGGAUAAUGUGAUUCAUAGUCCGAUUACUCCUGCAUGUUUACACUUAGUCGGACUGGAGUCGGACUUGGCGUAGUGAGCAUGCACCAAAAUUGCCUCUCCGGUCUUUGACCCGGAAGUAGAAGGUGACCAUCAUAUGGCAGUGGUGGCAUCUUUGUUCGGACAACACAGCAACCCCAAGAGUCAUGCUCCAUCUAAUAUUUGUAUCACGAUUAACAUGUACAGCAGUUUAUAGGGAGAUACAGCGCCACCCAUGGAAGUGGAGUCGGGCGUACACGGCAGAUAAAUCGAUUUUCUCCUCCACAUGUAUACUCGGAAUUGAAUUUGCACCAGUGUUGGCAAUUAAACAAGAGCAACUGCAGGAGCCAGAGCCUCUACACAUUAAAGAGGAACAGGAGGAAGUGUGGAGCAUUCAGAAAGGAGAGCAGUAUGAAGGACUUGUGGAGGAUAACAAAGCUGACAUCACCAACAUUCCAUUUGUUACCGUCUCAGUGGAGAGUGAAGAUGACAAAGAGGAAGCAAAGUCCCCCGAGGUUCAUCAGAGACCCACGGUGGAGAACACAGAGGAAGAGUCUGCAGAACAGCAGAUGUUUGCAGGCUCAGAAAAUGAGACCGAUAAUAGUGACGAUGAGUUAAAGAGGGAAAGCACAACCCAGCAAGGUUCAACUUAUACGAAACCCAAAGAAAUCCACAUAAUUGUGGAAAAAUCAAUUUUUGGCAAGAAAAAGUUUAGUUGCUCAAAGUGUGGUAAACACUUUACCUCAAAGGGGACUCUGCAGAGACACAUUAGGGCUCAUAAUGGAGACCGGCCAUUCAGUUGUUCCCACUGUGGAAAGAGAUUUUCCCGGAAACAACAUCUACAAGAACACGUGCUAAUUCAUACAGGAGAGCAGCCGUUUAGUUGUUCAGUCUGUGGAAAAAAGUUUCGCUUUAGUGCCGGCAUGAGGAAGCACAGGAGAACACACAAAUAUAAUUGCUGAGGUAACGUAUGCCUUUGCAAAGACACAGUUAGUCUGGGAUUUUCUUGAAUCUUGACUCAGAGGAUUUUAUAUUGACAUAUUGUCUGUGGUCUCCCAUGUUUUUAAAAUCAAGUCAUAUUUGGAAAUCCUGUGUAACAAAUUCCUUCCGAAAGGAAGAAAUAAACAGCCUAAACAUGACUGAACUAAAA